UUCCAUUUCCAAAUAAUCACUUGAGUUGUCACUUGUCAGCAUUUGUCAGAUUAAGAUAUGUUUUUGUCAAAAUGGCGUUUAGCUUUCCAGCGUUCUCGUACAUUAUAGCCUUAAUUGUAGAUGCCUUUCUAAUAUUUUUCUCAAUAUUCCACGUGAUAGCGUUCGAUGAAUUGAAGACGGAUUAUAAAAAUCCUAUAGACCAGUGCAACAGUCUCAAUCCGUUGGUGUUGCCGGAGUACUUUCUGCAUUUAAUUAUAAACCUGCUGUUCCUACUGUCGGGAGAAUGGUUUUCACUGUUGAUAAACGUUCCACUGAUGAUAUAUCACAUUCUAAGAUACAAGAACAGGCCUGUCAUGUCCGGGCCGGGUCUUUAUGACCCCACAAGUAUUAUGAACUCGGAUGUGUUGACUAUCUGUCAGAGAGAAGGCUGGAUUAAACUAGCAUUUUACUUGCUUUCAUUCUUCUUAUAUCUUUAUGGAAUGAUUGUGGUAUUAAUAGCUGUUUGAUAACGAAGAGAAGGAAAAGAGCGUUUUAAAAUUCCAUUAAAUCAUUAUUUAUUGUUAGAGUCCCCUAAGGAAGGAAAGUUGUGUUCGAACAAGCGCUUGUUGUGUAGACAUGAAAAUGUCUAACUUGUGAAGUAUUUUGAUAAUAAAAUUUAAUUAAUUUUUA